AGCGUGAACCAGUAUGACCAACGAUGGGUCAAAGUGACAUAAAAGUACAUGAACUUUCAUAUGUAGGUAAUCUACACUGUGUAGGAACGUGAUUAGGUAAGUAGCGAAGUCACGAGAGAAGGACAUUUCAAGCGUCCAUCAUAACAAGUACUGAUCAACAUGGAAAGUCAGCAAACUCACGAGAUUCUGGACUACCGGAAUGAAAAUGGUCAUGGGUGGUCCUUCUACAAACAUGACGGCGUCCUCCUGCAUAUUCACACUACCCCUGAAGCUCAUAUGGAAAUAAUCCGAAAUGUUCAGAAGUUCGAGCUGAGGGACGAUGACGUCAUGAUAGUGGCAUAUCCCAAAUGUGGUACCCACUGGUUGUGGGAAAUCGUCACCAUGCUCAGGGCCGGUAACUCUGAGUACAACAAGAAGGCGAAGGAGAUCGCCAUGUUGGAGGCGCCGAAGUUUCAGCGGGCUGAUGAACUUCCCUCCCCGCGGGUUCUGAACUCGCAUCUUUACUUCCGUCAUCUGCCGGAGAAACUGGUGGAGAAGAGGAUUAAAACCAUCCUCAUCAUGCGAAAUCCAAAAGAUGUCAGCGUAUCUCACUAUCAUCAUGUCAGCGGACACAAAAAGGUGUUUAUGUAUGACGGGACGUAUUCAGAAUUUCUGGAUCUGUUUCUUGAAGGAAAAGUUCCCGGUGGUGGUUAUGCAGACUACGUGAAGGAUUGGCAGCAAGUGAAACAGGACAACCCGGACUUGCCUUUCCUAACCUUGUUUUAUGAAAACUUGAAAGAGGAUCCUGUUAAAAACAUCAAAACGGUUGCCGAGUUCAUCGGAGAGUCAGUCACUGAUGAACUCUGUGAGCAAAUAGCGGAAGCGUGCAGCUUUAAGAAGCUGAAGGUUGCAGCCACGGAGGUGAAGGAGGAAUUACCAAAUAGCAAUCGGUCCGAAGACUGGAAGGAAGGACACGAAGGAAUGUACAGAAAAGGUGAAGUCGGGGAUUGGAAGAACUGGAUAACAGUUGCUAAAAACGAAAGAUUCGAUGACGUCAUAGACCGAAAGUUUGAAGGAACAGGCAUUGUGUUCACAUAUGAAUAGCUGACGGAUUAUAAGUAUAUGUUGACGAGAAUACUGAAUGCCAAAUAUCAUUAAUAUUCGUCAUUCCAAUAUCUAUGAAUAUUCACUAAGUAUGUAUUUUGCACGACCACCAGAGCUUACCAGAUGAAACAGUACCAAGCUAGGCGUACCUGAUGCUGACGUGGCAAUCGGGCGUACCUUUGUACGGAUGAAAGAUUUCCGCUUGCGGAUUCGGGAACCAAUUUCCCACCAAUAACGUUCUGUAAAUGGUGCCGUCGGGUGCCCCCCCCAAUGGAACUCUCAAAGGCAGUAAUAGACGUGACAAAACGCCUCGUACUUCCGCUACAAUGCAGUUUAAUGGAGACGAGAGCGGCGCAAAUACGCCUAUUUUACCCUCCCCAAAAUUCGACCUUUUGGGACGAGUUUCAGUGGACCGGGACGCACAUUCAAUUCAAAUAGUUAACGAUCAGUCCGGUCGAAUCGGGAACCCAAAUAUAUAUUUAAAAAAAAGGAAUUAAAAAAAAGACAAAACGAUAGUCAAAAUAGUCUAAUUGCGACUAAAGUAAUCGUUCAAGGGGAGUUACAUGUAACUGGAGGGGGACCAUCAAGAUGUUACAAUCCACUUAUAUUGUUCCGUUAAUUGUUUUAGAAAUUAUUAUAGUAGAAAUGUUGUUAUUACAUACGAAGUGAUAUUCGUACUAGAAGUGUUUGUUACAGGUAACUUGCUUUUAUUUGUAUUGGAAGUGUCGUGUUACUUAGGAAUUGAUAAUAUUUGUAGUAAGAAGUGUUACUACAUAUGAAUUGAUUUUAGUUGAACUAGAAGAGUUUCGUUACAGGUGAAUUGAUAUAUUUGUAUUAGAAGUGUUUAUUUACUGUUAUUAUAGAAGUAGUAUCUAUAGUUGUAAUUACAUUAAGCAUAACAUAUGUGUCGAUGUGGUGAUGUAACAUCUCGUUAUGAGAAUGAUAUCAAUGUUACAAUAAAAUUAAUUACCUCCUUGGUGGGGCGGUCGGGUAGCCUAGUGGUUAAAGCGUUCGCUCGUCACGCCGAAGACCCGGGUUCGAUUCCCGACAUGGGUACAAUGUGUGAAGCCCAUUUCUGGUGACCCCCGCCGUGAUAUUGCUGGAAUAUUGCUAAAAGCGGCGUAAAACCAUACUCACUCACUCACCUUCUUGAUUAGUCGUUUCGGUUUAGGCAUUGAACAUGUUAACGUUGUUGUUAAACCGAUGUGGAGAUAUUAAUGUUCCACAUAUAUUGAAAUUGUAUGUAUAAUGUAUAUUGAACAAUGACUCUGUGAAUCUGUCCACGGUCAACCAGCCUAUGGUCACGAUGGUUAUCAACCAAAGCA